AUGCCCGGUGUCAACGUUAGAGACGUUCCUGCUCAGCAGUUUAUUGAUGCUUAUGCCACUUUCCUUCAACGUCAGGGCAGACUUGAGAUUCCCUCUUACGUCGAAGUUGUGAAGACUGGUUCUGGUAAGGAGCUCCCUCCCCAGGACGCUGAAGGUUGGUUCUACAAGAGAACUGCUUCUAUUGCCAGACACGUCUACCUCCACAAGGACAUUGGUGUCGGUGCUUUCAGAAAGAAGUUCGGUGCUUCUGUCAGCCGUGGCAACAAGCCCUCCCACCACAGAGAUGCUUCUGCCUCCAUCAACAGAAAGGCUCUUCAGGGUCUUGAGAAGCUCGGCGUUGUGGAGCUUGGCACUGCUGGUGGCAGAAGAAUCACUGAGAAUGGCCAGCGUGAUUUGGACCGCAUUGCUGUCGAGCUCUACGCUGAGCUUAACCCCGAGGAGGACGAGUAA